CCCUCUCCUUGACAGUCUCAGUCCAGGCACAAGCUUCCAGGCAGAAAAAUCAGACAUGUUUCCCCAAAGGAUUUAAUAUCCAGUAAAAUCCAGGAGGGUGCAAGUCCAUACCACCUCCAUAAACCAUUCUCCGAGUCUCUGUGGGAGUAAGGACGGAGCUGUAGACAGGUCUCUCUUUUGACAGUCAUCCCUCGCCAAAAUGUGGAAAAGUGGAAAAAGCCCGGGUUCUAGGAGACAAUGUUUCUCCAUCGUUCAUCAAUACAUUCAACAUUUUAAUGAGGUGUCUGGCAACAAGUCAGCUGCCAUCAGGAGAAGAUCCAAGACUCCUGGAGUGAUGAUCACUCAGUAUAUAGUGAACCUGCCAGAAGGGAAAACCACCCCAGAUUUCCAGUCUAAACCUAUGCCAGUAGAAGUUAAAGAAGGACAACUAGCUGUUUUCAAGGCCAUAGUGACGGGGGAUCCAAAACCAGAGGUUUCAUGGAGAAGAACUAAAGGGAAUAUUUUAGACAAGAACAAAUUUCUGAGUAAAUAUGAUGAAUCAACUGGAGAGCACAUAUUGGAGAUUCGCAAAGUAACUACCGAGGAAGCAGAUACAUACAAGUGCUUGGCUGUGAAUGAAUUUGGCAAAGCUGUCUGCACGACAACGCUCAACCUGACUGAAGAUUUGAAAAAUCCAGCAGAUUUCAGAAAAUUGUUGAGGAGAAGCAAAGCAGGAAAGAAAACACCAAAUGGGGAAUCUGAUGACAAAUUCUGGGAAGCAAUGCUGAAUGCUGACAGGAGUGACUAUGAGAGAAUUUGUGCUGAGUUCGGCAUUACAGACAUACAGUCGAUCGUCAAGCAACUGGCAGAGAAGAAGAAGGAGAGAAAGCAAAAAAACAGUACGGAUGGUGAGAUACCAUACGAUGAAGAUUUAUCAGAGAAAAAUGGCAUUAAGAGUCGUAGGAGGACAAAGGAUUAUGGUAUCAAUGGCCCAAUGCAAAAAGAUGCAUGGCAGAAUAAAGUGGAUGAAGAGGUCAACCGCCUGUUUUCAGAGUUAAAAUUCGCCAAAUUGGACUUUGUGAUCAAAAUUCAGGAGAUUAAAGCUGAAGAAAACGAUGAUGCCCUCUUUGAGUGUGUCCUGACACACCCAUUACCCAAGAUAUCAUGGAUGGGCAAGGGCAGCGAGCUGGAGGAUGGGGAAAAAUACAGCAUAACCGUGUCAGACCACCAACUGAUCCACAGCUUGCUGAUCAAGGACUGCACUCUGUUGGACAAAGGCAUCUAUUCAGUUGUGGCUGGCAAUGCGUCCUGCAGUGCCUGGCUGGUUGUAGAAGAGAGGGACCCUGCAUCUACUGGGAAGAAGACAGUCCGUUCAGGUACCUUGAAUGGUGGAGGACGGAUCGACCUUGAAAAGCUGGCAAAAGAGCAGCAAUUAAAAAACCAAGAAGAGAUGGAGAAGAUUUUAGCGGCUGUAAAAGAAAAGUACAAGGAAGAACUACUGAAAGAUGAGAAGAUAUUAGCCGCUGGGAGUGACGGUGAAAUAAGUGAGGACACUGGACCGGGCAAAAACAGCGAAGAGAUAAAGUCUAAGUCAAAAGGGAAGAAAGGAAAAGUAAAGUUCAAAAUCUCAGGAGAAAAUGGCACAGAAACAGAAUUAGAUGAUUCAGACGGGCAACUAACAGGAGAUGACCCAAGGCACCAAAAAUGCACCCGAUCUGGUCAAAUGGAUUUUGACAAGGUAACAGGUGAAAAUGAAGAUGCUGAUUCAGAAGUAAAUAAAGACUCUACUGGGUCUACAAGCCGUCCAGGGCACAAAAAGAAGGCCCAGCGGAAACAACGCACAUCUGAUCAAAAUGAACUUGAAAGUGAAAAUGAAGAAAGUGAUAGUGAUGACUGCGAGGACUCUACUGGCCAAGUCAAGCAUUCAAGCAGUUCGAAGAAACGUCAACGUUCAAAGAAAGCAAUGAAUGAAGGUGAAAGUGUAGGUCCUGAAGACACAGAGUGUGAAGAUACAGAAGAUGCAACUGGCUCUGUUACAAAAUCAAGGCGUAAAAAAAGACAGGGCCCACUGAUAGAAGACACAGUAAUUGAUCCAGGGGUUCAUUUCGUCUGUGGUCUGUCUGAUGUCAGCGCUAUCAUCCAUGAAACUGCUGAGUUAACAUGUAGGCUCAGCAGUGAAGACUGUGAUGGAGUCUGGUACAGAGACGGCAAGAAGAUUUCCCCAGAUGACAAUUUCACUAUCAGUAAGGAUGGUGCAAUCCAUAAAUUAGUCAUUAUCAGCUGCACGGAAGAGCACUCUGGGAAAUAUCGUUUUGAGGCAGACGGUCGCAAAACAGAGGCGAUGAUCAACGUCAAAGAUCCCCCAAGGUUUGACCCUGAAGACCUCAGAGCAUUCAUUGAGCCAUUGACAGUUAAAACAGGGCACAACGCCAUCUUCAAGCUGCAUUUCGUUGGCCACGAACCCAUAAAAAUUCAGUGGUACAAAGAGGGAGACGAGCUCCAAGGUGACAACAAUACAAGGAUAGAGAAAUCUGCAAGUCACAGCCGCUUGCUGCUGAGCAGGUGCCAAAGGAAAGACACAGGAGAGAUCAAGAUCAAGCUGAAGAACGAACACGGCUUCAUCGAGGCAAUUUCACAGCUAACUGUGCUUGACAAACCCACUCCACCUCAGGGUCCUGCGGAGGUCACAGAAAGUUCAGCUAUGUGUAUUGAAUUUCGAUGGAGACCUCCUAAGGAUGAUGGUGGCUCACCAGUGAUAAACUACGUACUGGAACGACAGCAAGUGGGACGAAACACCUGGAAGAAGUUAGGGGAAAUCCCAGGUGUGCCAAGCUAUCGGGACAAUGACGUGGACCAUGGCCGGAAAUACUGUUACCACAUCCGAGCAGUAACUGCUGAGGGUUUAAGUGACAUUAUGGAGACUGAUGACAUGCAAGCCGGGACUCUAGCUUUUCCCGGCCCUCCUUCGCCUCCAAAAGUGAUCAGCGCUUAUGAUGACUGCAUCAACAUUUCCUGGGAUUCCCCAAGUAAUAAAGGAGGUUCACGAAUCCUUGGCUAUAUUUUGGAGAAACGGAAGAAGGGGAGUAAUCUGUGGACUGUUGUUAAUGCCUUGGAUGAACUAAUAAAAGAGAAGAAAUAUGCGGUGAAAGAUGUAGUGGCAGGAAUGGAGUAUGAAUUCAGGGUUACUGCCAUAAACCUCUCGGGAGCCGGUGAAAACAGCAGCCCAUCUGAGUUUGUUUUCGCAAGAGAUCCCAAGAAGCCUCCCGGAAAAGUUUUAAACCUGAAGGUGACAGAAACUUCUUACUCACACAUCGCUCUGACUUGGACCAAACCUGAGGAUAAACCAGAAAUACAGGACGAAGCAAAGGGGUAUUUUGUUGAGAUCCGUCCUGCUGAAGACAUUGAAUGGUCCCGCUGUAAUACCACCAUCCUCAUCACGACUUCCUACAGUGUGAAAGGCCUGAAAUCCAUGGGCAUGUAUUGGCUGAGAGUGAUUGCGACUAAUGAUGGUGGAGAUAGCACUCCUGCCGAGCUGGCCAAAUAUGUCCUUGCUAUGCCCUCGCCCGUGAGGCCAAAGUUCACAAACCACAAGAUGAAGAGUUUCAUAGUGGUGAGGGCAGGAAACUCAGUCAGGAUCACAGUCAACUUUGAGGCCUCCCCGCAGCCUAAAAUAAUCUGGCUGAAGGACAAUGUGCCUGUUACAAAGCGAGUUACAGUCAGUAACUCUGAUGGCACAUCACAGCUGCUGAUCCCCUCCUCAGAGCGCUCCGAUACUGGCAUCUACUCCAUUUUGGUGAAAAAUCUUGCAGGACAGGAGACAUUCAGUACAGAGGUCAGGGUCACAGAUGAUCCAAAGCCUCCUGGGACUGUGGAACUGGAGGAAAACGUGCCAGGUACAAUCACAGUGAUCUGGGAGCCUUCUCCUGAUGAGAAGCGCGACGAUCGCCUCCACUACAUAGUGUCCAAACUGGACUCCACCAAACGCACAUGGACCACAGUGGCAGAGAGGCUUUUUAAUAACAAGUUUACAGUUUGCAACAUCAUGCUUGGAAGGGAAUAUAAUUUCCGGAUCUACGCUAAAAACGACAUGGGUGUGUCUGCACCGUCAGAGUCUCCUACCUGGGGGAUGGAGCGGAAGAAAGAAAAGUUUGUGGUGAACAUACCGACCAGAGAGGACCGUGAUUUGCGUUGCGCUCCGACCUUCCUUGUGCCUCUGAAGCUUCACACUGCACCAAAAGGCUACGAGUGCUACAUGAGCUGCGCAGUGAAGGGAGAUCCCAAACCUCGCAUCACGUGGUAUCGGAAUUACAUCAGCCUGAACACAAACACCAACUAUUACAUCUCUGACACCUGCGGAGUCUGCUCCAUGCUGAUUCUCCGCGUAGGCCCCAAAGACAUGGGCGAGUACACCAUCAGUGCAGAGAACGCCCUCGGACGGGCUGAAUGCUCCACCGUGCUCAGCGUCAGAGAGUGAAGAAAUGAAAUGCAUCAUGAAGCAAUAUCUAUUUGAAUACUUGGUUGUGUCUGAAAUCAUUUACUACUCCCUAUAUCUCUACUACAGAGUUAAACUGUAUGUACAGGACUCUGAAGUGAUCUCUCAUUG